AGCGUUUACGACUUGCGUCGUUCAUCUUCGAAUGACAGUUGUUUUGUGGUUAUAAAGAUAGAUAGAAAAUUCUAUCUCUAUCUCUUCAACCACCACCAUAAGCAAUCCGGGAAGAGUUGUUGCCUGUGAAGGAUGCCUUCAGCUGCGAAUGCAAAGUCCGAGAAACCAGCCUCUUCGGAGGCUACGGAUAAUUCUCCAAUACGACAAAUUAUGACGAUUAUUGAACACAAAAUUCGUAAUUUGGAGAAAAGAAAGAGCAAGCUAACAUCAUAUCGAGACUUGCAAAAAGCAGGGAAAGAACUCAAUUCGGAUCAAAAAGUAGCAGUGGCCAAGUAUGAUGAAGUCGCUCAGACUCUGGAGUUUGCUAGAGACUUAUCCAAGCAAAUAACAUCCAUAGCUGUCUCAGCUGAGCGUGAAGCAAAAAAAAAAACAAGCAAAGAAGCAUGGGUGCGUUAUGCAGCAGACACCAAUAAAAUUCGCGAAGUAUUGCUUAUUUUGGAUUGUCUUGUCCAAAUGGGUAACACAGAAGCUCGAAAUGACUUUCUGAAUGGAACUAAUGGCGCAGUUAAACUUACAGAAGAAGACCUCAAAAUUUUGGAUGAUCUGUAUCCUGAAGUAACACCAAAACAUGAAGUCAAUGAGGAAGGUCAACCUGGAUUCCAUAUUCAAACAACAAAAGCAGCAGAGCAUUUAUAUGCUAUCAUCGAUGGAAAGCCUAAAGAAAUAUUAGGCACAACUUACACUCACAUCAAGGAAAUCAUGAGUGCAGUCCAUGAUUGUGGUUACUUUGACCGGUCAUUGGACAACAUCACAGCAGAGGUAGAAGAAAGCCACGUUUUAGUCGCGGAAGUGGAGCCUGUGGAAGUAUUGGACAAUGAAGUGGAACCUGAAGUUGCAGCGGCAUACCCACCAGCUACACUGCCUGUGCCACCUGCCCCAGCAGUGGUGCCUGCCCCAGCAUAUCCACUUCGGCCUCUUCCACCAAUAACCUUACAAGAGGUUGAACAUGCAUAUUUUGCACAGCAAUAUCCUCAACAAAGACCUAUCGCCGAAGUUAUCGGCUCACAAAACUUUUUCUUUCUGCAAGAAUCUGAAAUCGACAGUCCAGUCGGGACACCACAACCACCAGCAAUUCCCAACCAACCUUCUCCACCAGCUCCAAUUCCGACUCAGACUUUCACAAACCAGCACUUUGUACAGCUCCCGGGCGGCCGCGUGGCUGAGCCAGGCUCCCUGCCAUUGCCGCCGCAACCGCACUUUCCACCACAUCCCGAGCACGCGGGCUUUCCUCCGGGCGGCGUGCCGAUGCCGGGCGUACCACACGUGCAACCACUACAACCUGCCAUGGGAGUGCCCACUAUGGCACCCGCGAUGCCCUCUGCACCGCCGCAACUGGAGGAGCGGACCCUUGGCUCUCCAGCGGAAGAAAAGAAUGAGGAUGAGAUCAAGGAGGGUGGAAGCCCCGAACGCGACAAUGGUGGUGACCGGAAAAUUCACGGACAGGGUGACGGUCAAGCCAGGUACAGACGGUUUGGACGCGGCGGAAGUGGUAGUCGCGGCGCUCCGAAUGGCCACCGUGGACGUGGAGCCUUUCAAAGUCGACAGGGAGGAGAAGGCUACCGUGGUAGGCACCCAGGUGACUACCAAGGACGAUCAAACAAAGAUGGUUAUCAAAACAGACAAUACGAUGGAUACCAAAAUAGACAUGGCAAAGACGGAUACCAGAAUCGCGGAGGUGAUGAUCGCGACGGGUAUUACGGCAACGGCGACACUGGCGAUAGUCACCAGCAAAAUGAAAACGGUGGUCGCGACAGAUACAACGAUAACCAGAGCUACCAAGGCGGAUUUAAAAGCCGCGGCAGAGGAGGUCCGCGCGGAGGAACACGGGGAGCGACGCGGCCUCCUCGCCCGCAAUACACCCGUAAACCGGAAAGAGUUGAAUAGUUUACGGGGAUCUCAAGGGUGUGUUGCAUUUGCGAUAUCGCCACGACAUAAAUGUAUUAUUAUGACGGACAAAUUCAUUCGUGGAAGGCAGAUUUCACCGGCAACAACGCUAUGUGGUUAAUAAAGAAGAGAGAUUAUGGUAUAAAAAUAAAAGAAAAAAAAGAAUAAAAAAAAAGAAAAAUAUUGAAACUUGAAACUGAAUAAAAAAUAAGUUACUUGAGUUUAGAUGUAUGAUAUAUGCAGUUAUUAAUACUUACGUAAUUCUAGAUUCUUGUAUAAGUUCGUCACGCAAGUGGCUAUGUGAGGCGGUACGGGAGGGCCGCUGUAGCCGCCGUCUGUCGCUCAGUACCUCGUGCGUGCCUCGUCCUCGUGAUAAUUUAAGUACAGGAGAUGCACACAACUGACUAAACACUGUCAACUGGGACCUUUUUCCAAAUCACAUUGAUUUUUGUAUUAUUGAUAAAGUUGAUAUAACAUAGUAAUUAUAAAUGUGUUAAGAUAUUAUAUACAUAAUUGUUUCUCAUAAUACUUAAAUAUAUAUUAUAUUAUGUAUGAAGCUUUCAUCUUAACUAUAUAAUUUUGCUACUAUUCCUGCGCGAAUUUUUAGAGUUUUGUUUUUAAUUAUAUUGGAAUUGAACAGGUACCUUAAUACCGAAAGCCACUUCAUAUAUUCCUGUUGACAUUUAUGUUUUAAGAUACUGAACUGGCCAUAACACAUUAUGUAUGUAUGUGCACUGUAAGUUCCGAUCUUUACGCGAAUAGCUCUAUAUGAUUUUGCUUGUAAUUAUUUAUCGUUCAGAUAGAGCUAUUAUCGAUAAAUUGAUCAGAUGUAAGUUUAUGGUAAUUGGAUGUCCUGAAUUAUUUUUGUUUGUCUUGUCCAGGCUUUUUUUUACAUAUUCCUUAACAUUGUUCUCAAUAGAGGCUGUGUGCAAGCAAAUUAAAAGUAUUCUAUAAAAAUUA